GAAAAGUUAAGUGAUGAAAACCGAAUACUCUGGAUAUUGGUAUUUAUAUAUAUGGAUUAAAUAUGCAGCAACCAGAAGCUGCAAUCGCUUGAUUCCCUUUGUUCCCCAAGAAUCUCUGCCUUUUUCAACAAGCACUUUCUCUCCCUGACUCAUUUUUCUCCCUUUUCUAUGUGAUUUGGCCUUAAAUUUUAUCUUCUCCAUAAGCAUCUGAUCUUAUUGAGUUAUUGCCUCGAAGGAUCUCGGGAAUGGGUUCGGUUCCGCCUGAACUGAGCCUGGGUUGUAAGCCCGCCUCCGAUUCCACAACGAUCACUGGGUUUCUCCAUGGAAUCUCGACGAUCGAAAGCGUAUCCGAUAGAGUGUCAAAAAUCGAUGAUUAUGUUAGGAGGCUUGAAGAAGAAAUGCGGAAGAUCGAUGCCUUCAAACGCGAGCUCCCGCUAUGCAUGCUCCUUCUCAACGAUGCGAUUAUAAGCUUAAAAGAGGAAGCAGCGAAGUAUAGGACAGCAAGGGUGGAACCAGUACUGGAGGAAUUUAUACCACUGAAGAAGUGCUCUAAUGAUGGGGAUGACGGUGGAGAUAGGAUUGAUAUCAGGAAAGACAGAGAAAAAAUGAAUUGGAUGAGCUCUGCAGUGCUAUGGAAUGGUGAAAACCUUUCAACCAAUAACAAACACCACCCCGAACCUGAGCUUAAGAUGACAACUGAGGAAGCAGAAUAUAGCUCAAUAACCAAUGAUGUAACGAUCCCUUGUAAAACCGGGAAUACAGCAAAUGGGUUUAUUCCUUUCAAGAGUUACUCUGGUUUUCCAACAACUAUAGUGAGGAAGCAAGAAAACAAGAAAGAAUUACCAAAUCUACCUCCUGAUCUAAUGCUUGGUGCACCUGUGUUUAAGAGCCCAAGGGAAGAUUUGGGAAUGAUUGGUUGCUGUUCAAAUAAAAAUAUGAGUAAUAGUAAUAUCACCAAAGCUGCAUCUUCUUGUACUUCAUCAGUUAGUAGUAUGCACAGUAGUAGCAGUAGGAAGGAAAGAAGAUGUUGGACACCAGACUUACAUAAGAGUUUUAUCAAUGCCCUCCAACAACUUGGGGGCGCACAAGUUGCAACACCCAAGCAGAUUAGGGAGCUCAUGCAAGUUGAUGGCCUGACCAAUGAUGAAGUGAAGAGCCAUUUGCAGGCAGAAGUAUAGGCUCCACACUAGAAAACUUCCUCCAUCCACAUCCCCAAACCAAUCUGUUGUUGUAUUGGGGAACUUGUUUUUGGGACAUCGCCAUCAUUUCCGUGAACCUGCAAAGCAGCAGAGCAGCCAUGAGUCUGGUUCUCCCGAGUCACCUCUAUGUCCCCGAGAUGAUGGCAUUGAAGAAGAAGCUGAUUACUGAUCUGUAUAAAUUGUCAACAAAUUUUGCAGGUGAUAAAAGUAUAUAUAUACAUAUGUGGGAGGCAGACUUCAACUUUCACUUCAACUCUGUUGGUCGCAAUAUCUCAUACAUUAUAUUAUACCUAAAACAUAAAUGGAUCUUCAGAGAGGGAGAGGAGAAAUUUUGCAGGAUUAGAUUUUUUGCUCUUUCUUUGUCUUUGACUUUUGUGGUUCUUUAUAGUUUCUUUGAGUAAGAGUUUGUGAUGUUUAUCACAUGAGAGAGAGAGGGUUCAUCACUGUGACGGAUUUAUAGAAUAAUAAUAAUAAUACUAUCUAAUAUUUAUCUUGAAGAUCACUUCUUU